CGCUGCGCGCGGCCUCUUCCGGCCUCGCCUGCCCCCCGGUAGACGGUAGACGCGCGGGAUGGCGGAGGCCGCGAUGGUUCUUGCCCUCGGACACCGCUCCCCGGCCCCACGCGCAGACUCCUCCCCCCCAGCACCUGAUCCUGCCCUCAGGCGCCGCGCACCCGGCCCCACGCCCGUGCAGACUCGGCCUCGGCCUCGGCCUCGGCCUCGCCCACGCGGACGCCGCCCUGCCCGGAAGGUCCCAGGAGAGCUCGGCCUCCGCGGUGAGCAACCCCAAAGGGGCUGGCGGGAACCCCGUGUUUCUUCAGUUCUUCCCUGCCACCAGCUAGAGAGUGGAACGAGGCAGUGUCCAGUGACGAGGAUUUAAAAUAACUGGCAGCGUAAAUCUCGCUUGUUGGGGUCGAGGUGCAAAUGUUCUCCUUCCCCGAAUUCAUACCAUGUGCUUCACUAAUGAUCAACUGUUAGAGCCAGUGAAUGGCUAAACCAAAGCUGCUUCCUACUCCAUCUGGUCUCUCCAUAAAAGAAUUUUGAGAAAGUAUGUACCAAAUAUGCAGUGAAAAUCUUUCAUAAUUUUAAAUGGUUUGCAAAGUUUUAAUUUCUGAUUUCCUGAUGACAUUUUGAAACUGUUAAACAUCCUUUAAAAAAAAGUCUGAUAGACUCCAAAAGCAAUAGAAAUACAAUACCCAUCCUCAAUCUUAAAAAAUUAUGAACAAGCUCUUGUUUAAAAGUCAGAAAUUUGGGCAGCCCAGGUGGCUCAGCGGUUUAGCGCCACCUUCAGCCCAGGGUGUGAUCCUGGAGACCCAGGAUGGAGUCCCAUAUCGGGCUCCCUGCAUGGAGCCUGCUUCUCCCUCUGCCUGUGUCUCUGCCUCCCUCCCUCUCUCUCUCUCUCUCUCUCUCUCUCUCUCUCUAUGUCUCUCAUGAAUAAAUAAAUAAAAUCUUUAAAAAAAAAAAAGUCAAAUUUUACAUUCUCUUCUCCUUCAACUCCUUUCCAUUCCACUUCCCCCAACAAAGUCGUAUUCUAAAUACAUUUUUAAACAAAUUUUACUGAUCACACUUUUUUUGCAAGAGUCCCAUACAAAUACAGUCCAUCCUCAUUCAUGGAUUCUGUGCAAAUUCACUCAUUCGAUAAAAUUUGUUUGUAACCCCUAUUCAGUAUUUGUGGCUCUUUCUCAUUUAUAGACACAUACAGAGCAGUAAAAUUUUGAACGCCCUUUAUGCACAAAUUCCUAGCUCUGUGUGCAUAAUAAGGUUAUGCUCUGCCAUCUUGUUUCAGCUGGUAACAUGAGCAGAUAUCCUUUUUGCAGUCUACUGGCACCACAUUUUUCACAUUUUCGUGCUUUUUGCUGGUGGUUUUGCUGAUUUAAAUGGCCCCCCAGCAUAGUGCUAAAGCACUAGGUAAUGCUCCCAAACGCAAGAAGGCUGUAACGUGCCUUACAGAGAAAAUACAUGUGUUAGAUAAGUUUCAUUCAGGCCUGAGUCAUAGUGCUGUUGGCCAUGAAUUCAAUGUUAAUGAAUCAACAAUACGGUACAUCCAGAAAAAGGAAGAGGACAUUUGCAGAUCUGUGCGUUAGGCCGCUCCCGAAAGUGCUAAAGUGACCUCUAUAGUGCGUGACGCAGCUAUGGAAAAGAUGGAAAAGCAGCUAAACUUAUGGAUUCAAGAGAUGUCAACCAAUAAAAAGAGCAUAGUAGACAGUGUUGUUGUGAGGCUGAAAGCCAAGGAAAUUUACAGACAUGUUACCCAGAGUCAGGAAAAGGUUAAACCCUUCUCUGCUAGUGCAGGCUGGCUUGCACAUUUCAAAAGGCCAUACCACAUGAAAAAUGUUCAUACCGAUGAAAAAUUUGCAGGCAAGGCAGGUCCUGCAGAUCAGGAAGCUGCAGAAGAAUUUAAAAAGUAUCUGCUAAGCAUUGUACAUGAAAAGGGUUAUAUGGAAGAGCAAGUUUUCAAUGCUGAUGAGACAGGUUUGUUUUAUAAGAAUGUUGGCAGACAAACCUAUAUAAUGCAAAUGGCCUCCAAGGCUCCUGGCUAUGAAUCAUUCAAAGACCGUGCAGCCUUGCUACUGUGUGUCAAUGCCAAGGGUGAUUUUAAGUGUAAACCCCUAAUGGUACACAGAGCACAAAACCCACGAGCACUUAGAGGCAAAAAUCUGAACUGCAUGCCAGUCCACAGGAGAUGGAACAAAAAAGCACGGAUGGCCUCCGAAAUAUUCUGGGAUUGGUUCCACAACUGCUCUAUCCCAGAAGCUGAACGCUAUCUCCAUAGCAAAAACCUUGCCUUCAGGAUUUUAUUAAUUUUGGAUAAUGCCCCAGUUCAUUGCCAUGAAGAACUUGAAAAUGCCCACCCUGACACAGAAGUUCUCUUCAUGCCCCCAAACACUGCCUCUCUCAUCCAACCCCUCAGUCAGGGCAUAAUAAAAGCUUUCAAUGCAUAUUAUACCAGGGAGCUUUACAGCAAGGCUUUUGAGGCUCUUGACACCAAUGAGGAAACUACCAUGAUGGGCUACUGGAAAUCCAUCAGUAUAUGCAAUGUCAUAGAUUAUAUCAACACAGCCUGGGACAGCAUCAAGCAGACCACCAUUAAUAACUGCUGGAAAUGUUUGGCCAAACUGCGUGAAAAUUUUUUAAGGUGUUACAGAAAAUAUUAAGAACAGUGUCAAAAACAUAAUGCAUAUUGCACAGCAAAUAAGUGGAGAAGGCUUCAGAGACAUGAGGGAAGGAGAUGUGGAGGAAAUUUUGGCAGAAAUGGCAGUAGAACCCACCAAAAAAGACCUGGACGAGAUGGCAAAGCAUGGCACUGGAGUCAGUGAUGAUGAUGAUGGCGAUGAAAGUCAGCCUAAGACUCCAAGAAUUGUCCCUCUCACAGCAGCCAAAAUAUCAGAAUGGAAUUCUGCCCUUGAAAAAAUUUUCAGGGAUUCCCUGGGUGGCUCAGCGGUUUAGAGCCUGCCUUUGGCCCGGGGCAUGAUCCUGGAGACCAGGGAUCGAGUCCCACAUCAGGCUCCCUGCAUGCAGCCUGUUUCUCCCUCUGCCUGUGUGUGUGUGUGUGUGUGUGUGUGUGUG